ACAUUAAAUCUUAUAUAAAAUAAUAAUUUAUGAUUCGCAUCUUCAACGACUACCCUCAAAUUUUUAAUCUUUAAUUUUUUUUUUAAUAUAUUUAUAAUAAUUCAAGAACGCCAUAUUGGACCAAGCUCGACACCCAUCAAAAUCAUCUUUCACCCGCCUACAAAAACAAUCACCCAUCUUGGGAAAUCUAGCGGUUGGCACUCUCUGACUGUGAUUUUGGGAUACUUUUUCUGAUUUCAAAUUUCUGAUCUCUGUUUUUUUGUGUUCCAAAAAGGAAAAAAAAAAAAGAAAAAAAAGAAAAAAACAGAGCCCAGAAAGGAAAAAAAAAAAAUGGGUAGUUUGGGGACGAUGCUGAGGCACCCAGAUGAUUUUUACCCGCUUCUCAAGCUCAAGAUUGCCGUCAGGCACGCCGGGAAGCAGAUUCCUCCGGAGCCUCACUGGAGUUUCUGCUAUAGCAUGCUUCACAAAGUUUCUCGCAGUUUCGCACUCGUUAUUCAACAGCUCGAUACUGACCUCCGUAACGCUGUAUGCAUAUUUUAUCUGGUUCUUCGAGCUCUCGACACUGUUGAGGAUGAUACAAGCAUACCUGCCGAUGUUAAGGUGCCUAUCCUGAAAGCAUUUCAUCGCCACAUAUAUGAUCGUGACUGGCAUUUCUCAUGUGGUACAAAAGAAUACAAAGUUCUCAUGGACCAGAUUCAUCACGUAUCAACCGCUUUUCUGGAACUUGGAGAAGGUUAUAAGGAGGCAAUUGAGGAUAUUACCAAAAGAAUGGGAGCAGGAAUGGCAAAAUUUAUUUGCAAGGAGGUGGAAACAGUUGAUGACUAUGAUGAAUAUUGCCACUAUGUGGCAGGACUUGUGGGUCUAGGUUUGUCCAAGCUAUUUCAUGCCUCUGGUAAGGAGGAUUUGGCUGGAGAUGAUAUUUCAAAUUCAAUGGGCUUAUUUCUUCAGAAAACAAAUAUCAUUAGAGAUUAUCUGGAGGACAUUAAUGAAAUACCAAAGUCGCGCAUGUUUUGGCCACGCCAGAUUUGGAGUAAAUAUGUUAACAAACUUGAGGACUUGAAAGAUGAGGAAAACUCAGACAAGGCAGUGCAAUGCUUGAAUGACAUGGUCACCAAUGCUUUGAUACAUGUGGAAGAUUGCUUGAAGUACAUGUCUGCUUUAAGAGAUCCAGCUAUAUUUCGAUUUUGUGCCAUUCCUCAGGUUAUGGCAAUUGGUACAUUAGCAAUGUGCUACAAUAACAUUGAAGUCUUCAGAGGUGUAGUGAAGAUGAGGCGUGGUCUUACUGCAAAAGUCAUUGACCGAACUAGGACAAUGGCUGAUGUCUAUCGUGCUUUCUAUGAUUUUGCUACUAUGCUAAAGUCCAAGGUGGACAUGAAUGAUCCUAAUGCAAAGAAAACAUUGAGUAGGCUGGAAAUAGCACAGAAAGCUUGCAAGGAUUCUGGUGUUCUAAGUACAAGAAAAUCAUACAUACUCAAGAAUCAGUCGAGAUACAAUCCAGCGCUGAUUGCCUUAUUGUUCAUUAUAUUGGCUAUUAUUUUUGCUUAUCUUUCUGCCAACCGAUCAAAUAACUAGGAGUUGUGGCCUUCAUGAACUUCCAUUUCAGUAUAAGUGGCUGAUUGCACAAGUACAUGCCACAUGCCAUGGAAAACUGUUGUUUUUUUUUUUUUUCAAUCAUACACUGUUAAACAAAAUGCUUGUUUGAAUGUAUAAUCUAAUGUAAGCAACGUAUAAAAGUGCCGAAUCCUAUUCAGUAUUACUCCAUAUACUAAUGCUUUCCAAUUUGGUUGUUAUGGAGCUAACAGUGUGUGUUUUAGCUGUAAUACCAUCCUAACUAUGCAAGUUUAUAAUUUCUUUUCC